AUGAACAAUCUGGCUGUGGUCUACUACUUAUUUUUCACGUCGGUGAUCGCGGUAGCUGCGGCAGUCAAUACAUCUCAGACGAUUACCCAUUUUGUUAAUGGGCUCAGUCUUUCGUCAGCCGACUCGCGAGCUAUUCAAGGCAGAUUAUUAGGCAAUGUAGAGAGCCUCGAGGUUGUGUUUAGUGGGGCGAGCAUUGCGUCGUCUAUCGUAGUGCAGCUCGCAUGCUACACUGCCCAGAUCGUGCUCGGAACCAGUGCUGUAGCAUCCGCGGGCAAUCAGACCGAAGUUGAAGGCACCUGGUCCGAGGCAUGCUGGGAGGCACCGACAUGCACCAUAUUGCCCAACUCUGACCAAGAUGUAUCACUGGCCGUUAAGAUAGUCAAUUUUUUCCAGACCAAGUUCGCCGUCCGUAGCGGAGGACACUCGCCCAACCCCGGCUGGUCCAGCAUCGGUCAACCAGGGAUUCUGAUUGAUCUAAAGCAAUUGAAUGAGAUUACCGUCAGUUCCGACGCAGCCGUUGUUAGCCUAGGACCCGGCAACCGAUGGGGCAGUGUCUAUUCCGCCCUCGCACCCUACGAGGUGACUGUGAUUGGUGGGCGGAUCAACGAUGUCGGCGUUGGAGGCCUUAUUCUUGGAGGUGGAUUAUUCCAUUUAUCCGGCGAGUUUGGUCUUGCAGCGGACAAUGUCCAGAACUUUCACGUUGUACUAGCGAAUGGCACCAUUAUAGACGCCAAUUCCGACCAAAACACUGAUCUCUUCUGGGCUCUCAAAGGAGGUGGGCCUAACUUUGGAAUCGUUACCCGCUAUGACCUAUACACAAUCCCCGUGUACAAUCUUUGGUUCGAAGUUCUUUACUACACCCCGGAUCAGGUACCUGAUGUCCUCGAUGCUUUUGCAGAGUGGCAGACAAAUGGCGCAUCUGUUGAUAACAAGUCCACGGUAGCCAUGGUGAUUAGCCUGGAUAGCGUCGUGGUAGGCCUCUUGUACUCCCAGCCUACUGCAACUCAACCAGCAGCCUUUGCGCCGUUUUAUGAUCUGAACCCUGCCGAAGUAGCCUUGGCCGGGUCAAAUGGUACCAUCACCGAGCUUAUGGAACUCUUUGGCGAGACUGGAUCUACCGCUGCCGAACGACAUGAUUAUCGGUCGGCCAGCUCCAAGGUCGACGCCGAGCUGUACAAGGAGAUAUACGCUUUCUGGGUAGAGCAGGCAACAUCUGUAUACAACCAGACUGGAGCGAACCAGACAUUUGUGUUGCAACCAAUUCCGGGCAGUCUGAUAGACGCUGGCAAUGCCCGAGGUGGUAAUCCUUUGGGACUUCCCUACGAAAAUAUGCAAUGGUGGACAACACUCAUUGACUGGGUCGACGCUGCUGACGAUGACCUCGUACGUGGAGUCUCGAUAGCUACUACAGAGAAAUGGCAAUCACUGGCCACGGCACGAGGCUCUGCAAGUGAUUUCAUCUAUAUGAAUGAUGCUUCUCGCGACCAGAACCCGCUCGGCACGUAUGGUUCGAGCAAUCUCGCUCAGCUCAAGGCGAUUGCCGAGAAAUAUGAUCCUUCAAAAGUGUUUCAGCGGCUGCAGAACGGGGGGUUCUUACUUUCCACGGCUUGAAAGUAUCUCUAACUCAACAUUCUCAUAUCCAUAUCAAAAUAUACUCAGUCUCUAUAGUUGAUCUCUCAUGUCAGUGGUGAGUCGACUUGAUAUAAUCGAAUGGAGCACCUUGAAAUAAAGAAGGAAGAGAACAGGAAUUGAUCUAAGUGUAUAGAGUUUUAU